GCCCCCUCCAUCAUGGCGGCGGCGGCGGCGGCAAAUUAGGGCAGAGCCCGCGCACCGGGCGCGCUCCCGCCUCCCCCCCUCCCCUCCUCACCGCCCCCGGCGGGAGCGACCCGGGAGCUGCGGCCGCUCCUCCACCUCCAGUUCCUCCCCGCGGCGCCCGCAGCCCUCCUGGCUCCCCCGAGCGCAGCACAGCCACCCCGAUGGCGUCCGCUACUGCCGUGCCUGUAGGAUUUCACUAUGAAACCAAAUACGUAGUGCUCAGCUACCUGGGCCUUUUAGCACAGGAGAAGCCACAGGAGCAUCCUCCUCCUCCUCCAACUCAAGGGACUCAACAACAGCUUAUGGCACAACAUGCUCUGGAGAAAGAGGCUUUGGAGAAGAUUAAAAUAGAAAUCGAGGAGGAGUUAAAACGUCUUGAUGAAGAAAUCUUGGAAGCAUUUACCACUACAGGGUUUGACUGCCACACUUCCCCAGUGUUCAGCCCUGCCAACCCAGAGAGCUCAAUAGAAGAUUGCCUGGCUCAUCUGGGGGAGAAAGUGUCCCAGGAAUUGAAGGAACAUCUGCACAAAGCACUGCAGAGCUUGCUUAGCAAGCCAGUGACAUAUCAGGAGUAUCGGGAGCGCACACAGGAGGCAUCUGCUCAUGCCAGUGGGUGGAACAAGGUCUUGGUGCCCCUGGUUCUGUUACAACAAUUUCUGAUGGAGCUGACCAGAAGGGGCCAGGAACCACUGAGUGCCCUUGUGAACUUUGGGGUGACAUAUCUAGAAGAUUAUUCUGCAGAUUAUAUCAUUGAACAAGGAGGAUGGGGAACAGUCUUCACUUUGGAAUCCGAAGAGGAAGAGUAUCCCGGGCUCAUUGCAGAGGACAGCAAUGACAUCUACAUCCUGACCAGUGACAACUCAGGGCAGGUGAGCCCCCCAGAGUCCCCCACGGUGACCACGUCGUGGCAGUCGGAGGGCCUGCCCGUCUCCCUGUCAGCCAGUCAGAGCUGGCACACAGAGAGCCUGCCAGUGUCCCUGGGACCUGAGUCCUGGCAGCAGGUGGCCAUGGAUCCUGAAGAGGUCAAAAGCCUGGACAGCAACGGAGGAGCUGAAGAGAGGAGUGAGAACAACUCUUCCAACUCUGACAUUGUUCACGUGGAGAAGGAAGAGAUACCAGAGGGGAUUGAGGAAGCAGUGGUGCCAGCUGGUGCUGCAGAGACCAUACAGGCAGCCUUUCCAGAAACCUCUGCUUCUUUACAGGAAAUAAAACCUGAAAUUGCUGCUGCUGAAAAAGCACAUCCCUCUGCACUUCUGCGUACAAAACAGGAGGAAAAGGGAAAAGCAGCUGAAGAGCUUGUAGAACCUGAAAUCCCCAUGUUAAGUAAACCUGUCCCAAAGUUAGCCCCAUCAGAAGAAAAGGCUGCACCAGAACCUGAGAAAAUACUGCUUCCAGGGGAAAAAAAAGCGGGGAAAGAGGGCCAUUUGGAAGAAAUAGAAGAGAAGUCCUCAGCUGCAGAGGAGAAGCCUAUCCUGUUGCCAGAAGGGAAAUCUAUACUGCUGUACGGCGGGGCUGCUGCGGUCGCUAUAUUGGCCGUGGCAGUCGGAGUAGCGCUGGCGCUUAGGAAAAAGUAACAGAGCUCUCUUGAGGAGGAGGGAGGAGAGAAGAGAGCACAUCCAAUUUUUGUAGUUGUGUUACCUAAAGGUUGAGCUGCCUGCUGUUUAAUUGGACAUUUGAGUAACUCAGUGGUGAUGAGGUGAGGUUGUUCAAUAAGCCUCCAGCUACGGACAAUCAUGUUUUUAGUAGAAUUGGGGCGGGGACUGGUUUUUCGUGAUUAAAGUACGGGGGUAUUUUUAAAAAAAAAAACAAAAAAAAUCUGCAAAUUUAAGAACUUAAAGUGCAGGUGCUGAAGAAAGGGGUGCUCAUACUCUAGGAACUGGAACAAAAAAUCCCCAGGGGAAGGGGAGAGCCAGCUGCUGCCAGCCCCUGGAGAUUUUGGCUUCUCAGAUUGACCGCUAUUGCAGCUGUGCUGUCUUGUCACUUCCCAUUGUGCCCCCGAGCCCCUCCUAACAAACAUUAGUCAACCUGAGUCCUGUAGCGAGAGGCUGGUGUCCCUUUUGUCUCAGCUUACUCUCAGGUACAGCACUGCUCCUCAUAACCUUCCAGGUUCCUCCUAAGCCCCAGUGGGACAGUGCUUAUUCUUACCUCUUGGCUCACACUGGUUUUGGCCCCUAACGUUUACUGGAGCCCCAUCCUGUGAAGAUGCUGCCUCUCUAUAGCUGUAUUAUCUCUGAGCAUCCUGGUGUUGCUGGGGCAGAGGUGCUGCCCAGGAGGGUGGGAGGGACACUGCUGUUUGCUGGUUUGAGAAUCCAUUUGCUCUGCUCCUGCCCAGCCCACUUUACUGCAAACCCUUCAGUUACCAGAGGUACAAAAUUGAUGCUGGACACGGUGCCCUUGGGAUCACUACUCUCAUAUCUGGGGUAUAUUCAGCAAAAAUACAGCAAACCCGUGUGGAAGCAAGGCCAGUGCCUCAAGUGCAAUUCAGAUAUUAAAUGCUCUGCUGUCCUGUGUCACGCUGCAGUCUGCAUUGUCUUUCCCAAGUUAAGCACAGAGUGUAUUUAGUCCUAACUUGGUCUUGCCUGUGACAGAAUCCCAGAUAUAUAAAGCAAUGGAUUCUAGUAACUGAGCAAAAGAGCAUUAAACAUCUCUAUCUGCUUGUUCCUGACCUGGCCCGGAGUGCUGUUCAGUGCGACUUCUUCUGCAACUGUGAAUCUGUAAUUGCCUCAACUUACAGGUUCACAAAUCAUGAGCAAUUAACUUUGGCAAAAAAAGGAAAUCCCCCUUCCUGCAGUCACAACACUUGAGGUGUGUGUGGAGAAGCUUCUCGAGUAUUGCCCUGCUCCUUAGUGGGAUCCAGCUGCAAGUGUUCCUCUUUCAGCACAUUUGUGUGUCUGUCCUUGUCCAGCUGCAGCUCCAUGGGCAACACCUUGGGCUUCCCAGGCAGAACUGAUGGAUCUCUGAGGGUUGGUGCUGGCACUGUGGCUUAGACCAGAUGGAGGCAGGUGAAAGGGAACUUGUGAUAAUGUAAAAAACAAAACAUGAGCUUCUGGGGGAGUCUUCUCAAAGCACAAAGACAAGGUACUUUUAUUUCAAAAUAACCAUAUCCAGAGUACAUCUCCUGAUGAGCCUGUUUCUUAAGGGAUCUCAGAAUGAAGAGAUCUUAGCAUAUUCUCUAUUUUAGGAUAUUCUUGCUGCAUUUUCCUAUCCCAGGAUGCUGGAAAGUUAGUCAGAAUGUGUCAGAUUCUGAGGAAUUAUUUUUGUGUAAGCUUUUGUGAAAUGGAUUUUCUAGAAAACUUACUGGAUUUUGAACUGUGUGUGUGUGUGAAGUUGACUACUAAGAGGAAGGGUUGUGUGUAUACUGCAGCUGUGGACUGAACUUGGAGCUCUGGAGUUCUGGACUGUACUGUUGAUCACUGAUUGCUUUUCUUCCAUGUACAAAACAUAGCAAGUUGGCCUUAUCAGAAAAAAAAAACAAAACCCAAAUCUUUUAUCAAUUGCAAAAUGAAAUUGACUUUUUUUUUUGCCAUUUUCUGGUGUCCUGUUGGUACUCAUUGCUGUGCUGUGUCCCAGCAGGGGUCAUUGGGACCUUGUCAUGCCACAGGGGCUCUCUGAUGUCUGCCUUCCCACCAGGGCAGUUCCCCCUCCUAGCCCCUUGCAGGAGCUUCCCCCACGUGGAGGAGAGAUAUCUUCAUCUCCGUCUGUCAUGGACAUGCAGGAACAGCUUUGCUUCAUUUCACAUGUCGUGUUUAUCAGGGAGUGGUACAGUCUCUGAGGUGGCAAGGGCAGCUUUAUUUAUUGCUUGGUCAGUUGGGGCAGGGCUGCCCCUCUCUGUGCUUGGCUGAAGGCUUUGGGUUCCUCUCUGGGCACAAACUGUUCUUAACCUACAUCCCCUCCUUUCUGAAGGCAGUGAACCUGCUUUUGGUACAGCCCCACCUCUAGGCACCCUGCAGGUUACUCUGAGGCAGAGAUGGAGUCUGUGGACACUGGAUAACUUGUGUACCAGGAGGGUGGAGCUGGUGUUACUUCAUCUUCUCUGUGGAUGGUGUGGUUUCAGUAGUAGUGUGGAGAUGGGUAGAGGACAAACAAUAAAUCCAAACUGGCAAGGGAAGAAGUUAAAAACUUAUUGCCACAAGGAGCCCAGUGGGGCAUGAAAUAAAAAGCAUCCACGCACAGCAGUGAGAUGGCAAGCAGUGGUAAGGAAAAUAAAUGACUGUGUCAGGCAUUUUUGUGGUCAGGCAGAAGCUUUGAGUAUCUGGUGUGUUGCUGCAUUUCAUGGAGCAUCAGCUGCACUGUGUUUUGGUUGCUUGGUCCUUUCUUUAUAAUGUUCUUUUCCUUCUGGGGUCUUUUAGAUUUGGCAAAUCAGUGAGAAUUUGAACUGACUAGAUGUUCAGAAAAUGUAUUGUAUGAGUCUCUUUCCUCUGGGAGCGCUCCACUAGUUAAAAAGGUCAGCUGUGGGGUAGAAUUCUGCAGAGCUUGGCGUCCUGUGGUCAGAGCUGGGGCAGGCCUUGUGGUCACCAAAGGGAGGUAAGCUCAGAUGGCAGUGCUCCUACAGACCUGAGUGAGAGGCUGCUCUGUUAAGAGGUGAGAAUUAGAAAAUGGAAGUUUUCUUCCCCCAUCUUCAGGUAUAUUACAGUAACCUUAAACUGCAGGCUUCAGUUACCCUGAAAGGAGUGAUGCAGCCUCUCCUUAGUGGAUCUCUCUGAGCUGGCAGAGGGAAGGCAGGAGCUAUACACUUGCAAAAGGGCAUAUAGAAUUACUUUCACUUGUGUUGCUCAUCCCCUUCUCAGAAGUGCCUCAAUAUCUGUCCUCUAGUGGCCUGUACUUUAACAAAAUAUCUACCUUAGACCCAUUCUGUCUUCACUUUAUCCUUAGCAUACCCUAAAGCUGAGAUGCUAAAACAGCAGAGGGCUGGAUCUGUGAAAAAAGUGGGAAAUACUUAGGGAACUGCAGUGGGCAGCAUGCUCAAUAAGGAACUGUCAAGGGAAAGGCUUUCAAGGUAAGGUGCAACUUAAAUUCAGCUGUGCUUAAUUCUAAGCUCUGCUUAGUUGGGCAUUGUGGCUGGGAGCUGGGCAAGGACUUUCUUCAGCCGACAGUGCAGGAACAAGAGGCUGAGAGCAAAGACAGAAUUCUGUGUUGCCCAAAAGCCCAAAGUGCAGAUGCAGGGCCGUGUCCCAGCCAGUUGCAGCUCGUGUGCUGGGUGGAGCCUGGUGGGCUCCUGAGGCCCUUGAGCUGUGGGGCAAAGUCAGCACUACAGGAAUCCAUCCUUGCUGUUCGUGAAGGCUUCAUUUUUCACUCUGGCUGUGCUCAGGCAGCUGCAGCUCAAGUGCCAGGUGGAAGCUGCAGUGCUGAGUGCUCCUACACAGGACAAGUUUGCUGCCAGAAUCCCAUUUCCUUCCUUCCCCCAUAGCCCUUGAUCACAGCUAGGCUAAAACUUUGGACUGGAUUUUUAAACUAAUCAAUGCUUUCUAGUGGCCACAAAUGAAAAGUUUAAUUAGUACUAAGCAAGCAAGCUACUGAAGUUUGGUCUUCUGUCAUUUUAAUGAUUGUAGAAGAUAAAAUAAUCAGAGAUUAUAAAACUUCCCUAUAUUCAAUGUCAGUUACAGGGUUAUGGCAGUACUGGCAAAGCCCUAGUAAAGUAGAUGUUGCUAUUCUGGGAAAAACAAGAAAUGCUUCUGGUUCUGCAGUCACUAAGCCAGAGCAAGUUCCUGUUACAGGGUUUCAGAAUGUAAUUACUAGAAUAUUUUGUUGUGAAAUGGGGGACUGGGGUGGAGAGGUGCACAUGGCUGGCCCAGGUGUGAUGCCUACAGGCAGCAGAAAGCCCAAGCCUUCAGUAGAAUGUCAUAUUUCGGGCUCUGUGUCUGCUCUUGUUGGAGCACAAUGGAAGAAAGUGUUUCCCAGUGAAAAAUUCCUGGUUAGUAUAUUUAUUGAUGAUCUGGAUGAGGAGAUCAAGUUAACAUUAGCAGAUUUGCAGAGGACACCAAGUUGGGUGCAAGUGUGUGUCUGCUGGAGGGUAGGAGGCCUCUGGGAGGGACCUGCACAGGCUGGAUCCAUAAGCUGAGUUCAGAGAUAGAAGUUCAACAAAACCAAGUGCCAGGUCCUACACUUUGGGCACAAACCCCUGCAGUGCUGCAGGCUGGGGACAGAGUGGCUGGACAGUGGCCAGGCAGGAAGGGACCUGGGUUAUGACUGACAGCAGCUGAACAUGAGCCAGAAGAGUGCCCAGGUGGCCAAGAAGGCCAAUGGCCUGGAUCAGGAAAGGUGUGGGCAGCAGGAGCAGGGCAGUGAUUCUUCCCCUGUACUGGGCACGGUGAGGCUGCACCUCGAGUGCUGUGCCCAGUCCUGGGCCCCCCAGCUCAGGAGGGAUGUUGAAGGGCAGCAAGGCUGGUGAGGGGUCUGGAACACAAGUCCUGCAAGGAGCAGCUGAGGGAGCUGGGAGUGCUCAGCCUGGAGAGGAGGAGGCUCAGGGGAGGCCUUGUCACUCCACAGGUACCUGAAAGGACGGAGGAGCCAGGUGGGAUCAGGCUCUUCUCCAAGGCAACAGCAACAGGACGGGAUGACACAGCCUUAAGCUGUGCCAGGGGAGGUUUAGUUUGGACAUUGGGAAGAAGUUCUUCACAAAAGGGCGAUUGAACAUUGGAGUGGGCUGCAGGGAGCUGGUGGAGUCACUGUCCCUGGAGGUGAUUGAAGAGGCUGGAUGUGGCACUCAGUGCUAUGGUCUGGUUGGCAAGGUGGUGUUUGGUCAUGGAUUGGAGUUGAUCUCAAAGGUCUUUUCCAAACCUAGGUGAUUCUGUGGAAGAUGGAGGGGUGAGGCACAAUAUCUGCUCUACCUAAUGAGGGCAAAAGCUUUGGCUUGGACUGCUUAAUUUCAGAAUGAGGAAGUUGCAAGAACAGUAUUACUUUGACUUAAUGGAUGUACUUGUGCUUAAGAGUGCAAGCUCUGUAUUGCCAUAAGAAAAAGAAAGGAAGGGGGGUGUUUAUAAAAUUUAAGCUAGCACUACUUGACUCAGGUAGAGAAGCUCUCAGGCCCAGAGGGAGCAGGGAAUUCAGGGCCAGGUCUAGGCAACAGAAUUCAGUUUGUGUCUGGUACAGUGAAGGUACCUGACCAGGACUUGGCUUGGAAGGGGCAGUAGUGUUAAGUCCAGAGGAACCACAACACACGACUCAGCUCCACCUCCUUAAGUUAAAUAAUUUUAUCUUUUUUUUUUUUCUACUUAGAGCUGACCUUCUCUCAGUCUCUUGGGUAGGCUGACUUGCUUCCUCCAAGCUAGAGGUCUGUGGUGAUGCUGUAGAAGUGGGGGAACUCCCGUUGGCUUCUAGUGGAAGCUGCUUUUGAUCUCCCUGCAGUAUCUGCAGGGCAGGCUAAGGACACAAUCAAUGUGGACACAACAAACGGCAGAGGAUGCAUCUUACUGCUAUACCUUUAGGGGCUUUGCCCUCAGUUUUAACUUGCAGGAUAAGAUUUUAUUCAACUGUAAACCUAAAAACCCACUCAGACCAAAAGAAUGCCACUUGAUUUGUUAAGUAGUAAAGACUAAUGGGACUGACUCUGAAGCUGCAGGUUAGGGGAUCUCUUCUGCUGGGUGUAAGCAAAUAGUGACAGACUUGCAGGGACUUUGGAUUCUGUUCUCAAGAGGCCUGCCUGGGGGAAGAGACCCUGACUGGUCCUCAGGUCACCCGUUAUCCCAGGAACUCGUCACACUGUUCCUUCCAAUGUGCAAGUGCAGCCCUUUGGGGAAAACUGUCGAAAGCUUCUUGUGCCAUUUGGUUAAUAAAAGUGUUUCCACCUUGACAGGAAAGUUCUUUCCAGCUUCAUUGUUCAAUAUUCAGUUCAAGUGAAGGGGUAUGUACAUUUUUCCCUCUGCUAAUGGGACACUGCUGUAAGACCAUGCCCCCAGGCUGCACUUUAAUAAAUGGUACAGUUUUCAA